AUGUCCCUGCCCUUUAGGUCUCUUGAAAGCGACUACCCUGGCACAAUGUUCUGCAGGGUCGACGUCGACAAACAUCCCGACAUCGUCGCAAAAGUUGGAAUCAGCUCGUUGCCCACAUUGGUUGCUUACAAAAACGGCACCAAGAUUGGCGAUUAUGUUGGCGAUAACCCCCAGGGUCUAGUCGCACAGCUCGAGACGGUCGCUGGGGCUCGAUGA